AUGACUGAGCAACAGGCAAAGAUCAAAAAGGCACUUUAUGCUGGCACUGACGCGAAAGACAUUCUUGACAAAUCCGACUGCGACUUCUGGGAUUCAGCCAACAAGAAUCUUGCAGAGAUUCGCAACGCGGCUGACUGCAAUCCCAAGAAGAUGAACAAGAUUUUCAGCAAGAUCUUAGCGAAUGAUUGGGCUACUCACGGUGUCAUUGAGGAGGGUGAGGAUGGUGACAUUCAGGCACAAGUUCCGGAGUUGCAGCAGACUGUUAACGAAUUUGUCGGCAGUCAAGCUUAG